AGUUUAAUACAUUUAAGCAAAUCGUUUAUUCGUCUUUAUUACACAUAUUUCCAAUAAAGUUAAGUAAGUAUUAAUUUUCACCAUCUAAUCUUGAUUCGCAAGCCUUUAGUUCUUCAAGUCCUUUUCCUAAAGUAUUAUUAAAAUAUAUAUAAAUUUAUACGAAAAAUAUUAUUACGCAUAAAUUUAAGAUUGUUAUCAAUUUUGGAAAUAAUCAGGGAGAGGAUGGAAAGCAUUCAUCCGUUUGUUGCCGUAUAUUUGACAACUAUAGAAAACAUGUUCGUGCAAUGUACAUCACAUGUCCGAAAUAAUCUGAUGAAACGGCGAAGACGUCUGAAAGAAAUUAUAUUACAACACUUGUUAAAUUCAACGCCACCAAAUCAUUUGCUUGAUCUCGGACCUAUAUUAAAAUUUUCACGAGAAAGAGAAAUAUGGAUGAAAGAACGAAGUUUUGACUGGUGGCAUCGAAUCGUUAAUGGUCAUUUUAAGGAUGAAGACUGGAUAGAAACAUUUCGGAUGACGAAAGUAACUUUUCUCUGGUUAUGUGAUCAAUUACGAGAAAGACUUGUUCCAAAUGUAAACCAGAUAGGAACUCGAGAACCAGUAUCGGUUGAAAAGCAGGUCGCUGUUUGUCUGUAUUUCUUAUCUAGCUGCUGUGAAUAUCGUAUAGUCGGAACUACUUUUGGGAUUCAUAAGGCAACUGUGUGGAAGUGUAUUCAUAAAGUAAUUGAUGCAAUUAAUAUAGAAUUAAUGAGCUCGUGGAUAAGCAUGCCUGACAAUGAUGAGUGCCAUGAAAUUGCUGAGGCUUUUGAGAAAAAAACACAUAUUCCACAAUUAAUUGGAGCAAUUGAUGGAACGCAUAUUCCUAUUCUUCCUUCUAGCGAUGGAUAUAGAGAUUAUAUCAAUCGAAAAAGACGGCCCUCUAUGAUAUUGCAAGCGGUUGUAGAUAACAACUAUAGGUUUCGUAAUAUUCAUUGUGGUUCACCAGGAUCAUGUCAUGAUGCUGCGGUUUUUCAGACUUCAAAAUUGUACAGGAACUGUAAUUUAUUAAUUCCCAAAGAAACGAAAACGGUAUUAAAUGUAGCAGGGCCUUACCUUAUAAUAGGAGAUCCUGCUUAUCCGUUACUGGAAUGGCUCAUAAAGGAUACACUAAAAGUGUUCGUCUCACUCCCGAGGAAGAAUCCUUCAAUGUAUAUCUAAAUUCUGCCCGCGUAUGUGUUGAAAUAGCUUUUGGAAGACUGAAAGCUCGCUGGCGACGAGUACUUAAACGAAUUGACAUACAUUAUACUUACGUACCACAUAUAAUAUCAGCUGUCUGCAUUUUACAUAAUAUAGUCGAAACGCGAAACGAAAAAUUUUUAUCUGUGUGGGAACAUGCAGUAACAGAGGUACAGACCGAAAUGCGACAACCAGAAUCAACAAGAGCUCGAAACUUAGAUAACUUUAGAGCCAAUCAGAU